GGGCCGGAGUGGGCCUUGCCAUUGGCUUUCUAUGGAUGGGUUUAGCGGGAGCAGCUGCUGUUGCACCGGGGGAAGGAGCGUGGCACGUGCCGCGGGGCUGAUUCCCCCCCCUUUCAGGUAAAUAAUGCUGUCAACAUGUCUGUGCAGUCAUUGCUUUGUGAGAGAAUCGCCGUUGCUAAGGAAUUAAUGAAGAGAGCAGAAGCCCUUUCCAGAUCACAGAAAGGAGGUAUAGAAGGUGGAGCAAAGCUAUGCAGCAAAUUGAAGGCCGAGUUGAAAUUCUUGCACAGGGUGGAGGCGGGGAAGGUGGCCAUUAAGGAGUCCCAUCUGCAGAGUACCAAUCUUACACAUCUCCGAGCCAUAAUUGAGUCAGCAGAGAACCUGGAGGAGGUCGUCAGUGUCCUUCAUGUCUUUGCCUAUGAAGACUGCUGUGGAGAAAAGCAAAUGCUGGUGGUAGAUGUUGUUGCAAAUAGUGGCCACACUUGGGUGAAAGCAAUUGGUCGAAAGGCUGAAGCUCUUCACAAUAUUUGGCUGGGCCGGGGCCAAUAUGGCGACAAAAGCAUCAUUGAGCAGGCGGAGGACUUUCUGCAAGCAAGCCGUCAGCAACCAGUGCAAUAUAGCAACCCCCAUAUUAUCUUUGCUUUUUAUAAUAGUGUGUCCAGUCCUAUGGCAGAGAGGCUGAAAGAGAUGGGCAUAUCCGUGCGGGGAGAUGUAGUUGCUGUUAACUCUUUGGCAGAGCACUUGACUGAAGAGAGACACCUAAGUGCCAGUGAAUCUGAGGAAGAAAGCCCUGAGGUCCUGCAGGUGACCAGAGUAGACCGGGAGAAUUUAGUAGCCAGCAUUGCUUUUCCUACAGAGAUCAAAGUAGAUGUGUGCAAUAGGGUUAACUUGGACAUCACUACUUUAAUUACAUAUGUCUCUUCCCUUAGCUGUGGUGGCUGCUACUUCAUUUUUAAGGAGAAAGUGUUAACGGAGCAGGCAGCACAGGAAAGGAAGGAGAGAGUCCUGCCUCAGUUGGAGGAUUUCAUGAAGGGCAAGGAGCUGUUCGCUUGUGAAUCCGCAGUCAAAGAUUUUCAGUCAAUCUUAGAAACUCUAGGAGGACCUGGGGAGAAAGAUCGAGCCAUCUCUCUCAUGAAGAGAAUUAAUGUGGUGCCAGACCAGCCCUCUGACCGUGCCUUAAGACUAGUGGCUAGUUCAAAAAUUAAUAGCCGCUCUCUAGCCAUCUUUGGGACAGGAGACACUUUAAAAGCCAUCACGAUGACCGCAAACAGUGGUUUUGUUAGGGCAGCAGCUAACCAAGGGGUUAAGUUUAGCGUGCUUAUCCAUCAGCCAAGGGCACUGACUGAAAGCAAGGAGUCUGUUGCCAUGCCUUUACCAAAGAACUGCACAGCUGAUAGUGGGCUUUGACUAAGCCAUCUAAUUAAUUAGUCAUUAAAAUAACUGUUUAAACGUGCUGCAGUGGAGGCAGUUCAAGAAAUAGAACUCUCAAAACAAUACAUUUUUUUUCUUUUUG